CGUACCUUGAUCCCCGACAUCAUCUAUACUAGCUAGUAUGCAUCAAUCCAGCAGUCUAGGGCUUGGUGCAGCCACCUUUAUUCCAACGUCGAUGCCGUCGCUUGAACCGCGUUGAAAGGACCUGAACCAGCGAUGCCUGCAACGAGAUGAAGCCAUCAACACCGACAUCCACCUCCAUAUCCAGGACACCUAGCUCGACAAGAUAUCUAGACCCGCCUAUACCAGAAACUCCACGUUCUUCACUCCCUCUUGAAUCGCCUCUACCGCAAGUCUUGCCUCUCUACCUGGCCGAACGGCAGGACGACCGAUUACAAGUCCAGGAGCGAAAGGAUCACCUUUCACUCGCACGUAACGCGACCGAGAUGCGGAGCGAGGAAUCGUCCCGAGGCCUCGUUACCGAUGCCGCUGAGAUGGGUCGACAGGACAUUUAUGGGAAGAAGGAGUACGGUGUGAGAGCGAGGCAUGUCAAUCAGAACAACUCUACCAGGGAUUUCGGUAGUGACCCGGAUCCGAAGGAGGAUCGGGGACAUGGGCAGCUCGAACUCUCUCUUCCCAUCAUCUCGCCAUUCUCUGCCACUUUCGAAGAUCCAUCGAGCGUCCGGAAACUCCCUGACCUACCUCGACAACCAUCUUCAUCUUCACAAGGACCUAACCAAGUUCCCAUCUACGAACCUCGGUUACAAGGAGACCGACUGGGACCAUCGAUAUCGGACCGGGUCGAACGACCUCCGCGCACGUAUCUCGGUGACGACCCUGAAGAUCAGAACUACCAACACCACCAGCAAUCUUCAUAUCGUCAACACGAUCAACUCCGUUCAGAACCACUGGCAAGCCCAUCGAAUUUGCACCUCUUAGCUUCCCCGCUCUCGAUAAUCAGCUCCAACUCGGAUGCGGAAGGGAAAGAUUAUUUUAAACGCCCCGUCACUGGGACCGAUCUAGGAUCAGAUUCGAAUACGGAUCCGACUCCAACGUCCCCAGGGCAAAGCGAGAUACUUCAUGAUCCUCGUUAUACGCUCGGGUUUGAUCGUGAGCAUGAGAUCGGAGGAAGUUUAGGCUCAGGGACCGGGUCGGGGAUGUCGAGGAGUGGAACGACUACGACCGGUUCGGGUUCCAGGCCGGGAAUGGGUUCGGGGUCGGGGUCGAGUUCGAAUGUCAAUGGGACGCAGAGAAGAGUGUUGCUGAGGAACGAGUCGAGUGCGAGGCAGAGUAAAGGAAGGUGGGAGAAGUACCUCCCAGCUUCAAAGUAUACGAGGAUCUUCCUCCUACUAGUAUUCAUAGAAACGAUAGUAGACAUCGCCAUCCAAGUCUACCUGUACUUGCGGUUCGACCGAGCGGUUACUUCUCAGUUCGCUACGGAGGCUAUCAAGACGAAUCAACGCAAGUUCCCCGUAUAUUUGGCUAUAUUCGGUCUAGCCCAUUUGUGGCAGAUGAUCCUGGCUAUUGACGGGGCUUAUCACCGGAAUACGAUCCAGAUCAUCGGGUUGUCCAUAUUCAACGCCCUGUUCUUGGCAUGGGCGGCAUUACAAAUCUCGGAACUCCGGACGAUCUUCAAAGACACCCGACGGAUAGAUACCGAUGGCGAUACCAGCGUGUCCGAAGCGAUCUAUGAUAUCCCCGUGGAUGCGUUGACGGGGACGAUGUUAGGGGUAAUAGCGUUCGUCGAGGUAGGGCUGGUCACCCUGAGUUGGUUCGUAUACAAGGAGAUGGGAUGGCAGAUCUAUCACGAUCUCGGUGCCGACUUGCGGAUCAAGGCGUACAAUUUCCAUUAUCAGAUCUUCGUCUGCAUAUUACGGUUCGCGGCGUUCUUCUUUGCCGGCUUCGGGAUCCAGUUCGUCUGGCUAGUACUCUAUCAGACCAAGAACGGCGAAUACUGGGCGACGUUAGCGUUAUUACCCAUCUCGAUGCUGGUCUUGAUCUGGGGCGCCGUUGCCGCUCAUAAAGAGGCGCAUGUAUGGAUGUCUGGAUUCAUGGCAGCUCUCUGCGGUGCGGCGGGGUAUUUUGUCUACAAGACGAUCCAGAUUUAUCGCCGCAAGAGUACUUUUCAGGACGUCUUCAAGUCGUUGACGAUCUUUGCAGUGCUAUCGAUCGCCAUCACCGUCCUAGCUCUCUUCUGGUCUCUGGUCGUCAUGCGAAACUUUGGAAAAGGACUUAAACGACAACGAGAGCGGGUCUCUCUCAAACGCAAAGAAAAGAGGAGAGGGAGACAGCGGUCGGGCGAUAACAACGAGAUGGUCACGGUCGAGGACGCUGAGAUUGAGAUGAAGCGGCAUCGGAUGAGUAUCGAUUGACGCGUAGAGAGAAGGGCAUAGUUAUCGUUGUACAAGUAGUACCACUAGGAGUAUAUGUACCCUUACUGUGUGUGGCAUGUUAUUGUCAAGAUAGCCUGUGUAGGGUUCUCUUCUUGCAGGCGGUAUAGGAUGUAUGAUAUAGGGUGGUGCAGGGAUGACGAGAGAUGCGCGUCGCCCCUCUAGUCACUCCAGGUACCUAGAGCUGACUUGGGGAAACCAGGGAACCAGCUCCCUGGUUUUGUUUUUUUUUUACUACGUC